AUGAUGGUGGGAGAUUUGAAGAAAACCGUAGUCUUACUGGAUCAAGUUCCCACUGAAGUUGCUGCUGGUUCAACUGAAGCAGACAAAAGACCAGUUACACGAAUCAUUACAGCUGGUACUCUCGUGAGUGAAUCGUUCUUAAACUCUUCGGAGAACAGCUUUAUUGCUGCCAUUCAUUUUUCGAAUUCUCAUUUGGAAUCUAUUGAAACAGCUCCAGCCAAUUCUCCUGUAGGAGUGGCAUGGCUUGAUAUCUCAGUAGGCAGUUUUUAUUAUCAACUGACUACGGUGUCGGAAUUGAUGAAUGAAAUCGUUCGUAUUAACCCUAAAGAAGUUUUAUUGGACUCUGCUGCCAAAAAACUCAAUGUCGUUGGUGGGGACUGGGCCCCUCAACUAAGUGAAUUAUCCAACUUCAUGAUCACAUACAAGAAAUUCCCUUCAUCGACUAGUUUUGUGGACUAUAUGUCUCGGUUUAAUCAACCUCCAGCAGAAGUGCUAUACUCAGUCAAAGAUGCAGAUGAGAAGAGUAUAAGUGCAAUGUGUGUAUUACUUAAAUACAUGACAGAGAAUCUGCCUGGGUCAAUCAUCAAACUGAAAACCCCAGAGCACCAAACUACAUCAGAAUACAUGAAAAUCGAUAGCACGACAAGAAAGAGUUUAGAGUUAUUUGAGUCCACUCAGAAUAGUGAAUCAGUUCGGGGGACAUUGUACAACGUCAUUGAUCGAACGGUAACCCAAUCAGGAGCAAGGCUCUUACGAUCGUGGCUUUCUUCUCCAUUACUAUCAGUUGAGAAAAUAAAGACAAGACAAGAUUAUGUCGAAUACUUUCUGGAGCGUCCUACGCUCACUGCCAGAUUGAUACACAGCAUUGAAAAGCUAGAUGAUUGCCAAAGAACUGUUCAAAAAUUAGGAAUGCAAAAAUUUGACGUAAUGGACUUGGUAGCUGUAUCUAGGUCCAUCUCAACGAUAGCAGAUAUACACCGGCUAGUGACUGGGGAGAUUAAGGCAGCCGAAAAGGAUACGUCAAUUUCGAUUUUGAAAGAAUGGUACCAUAUUCUGGAUAAAAGACUGCCUGCCCUUCAGAAAUUGAGUAAAAGCAUAGACAAAAGUAUAAAUAUCGAAGUUCUUGAAGCCGAUUCCAACGACGAAGGUUUGGUGGAGGGAGAGCCAGGCUAUGGCGCAAUAUCACCAGAGCUAUUGGAGUUACAACGUGGCCGGAAAGCCAAGCGCGAGGCUGCGGAAUUCAGAUCAAUUCUCAAGCCCACGGCAAGUAAAAAACUUGAGAAACUGGAUUUGAUGCAGGGAGAGUACUUAUCAGAGAUGGAACAGUUAGACCAAAAGUUUAAAACUCUACAUGACAACUUAAAAGUCUCACUGAAAUGGGCUCCCCAGUAUGGUUACCAUGUUCACAUCUCAGGAACUGAAUCUAAAUUAGGAUCUAUUUCGAACUUAAUGAUUGAUGGCCAUCGAAUCAAACCUACAAAAAAAACAAUCGUCAUUCAAAAUGAAGAGUGGAUCCAAUUGGGCCUAAAGAAAGAUUACAUUCAAAGUAAAAGGGAAGCAGAGGAGCAGACUAUUUUGAAUAAACUGCGAGAAUCGGCUCUUCUUUUAGCAGAUUCACUGCGUGAAUGCUGCGUUGCUAUAGAUGAGAUGGAUGUGACGAGCUCGUUCUCGAUUUUAGCUCGAGAGCGAUCGCUUGUGAGGCCUACUAUAACAGAUGAUGAUGCAUUGUGUAUCACCAGUGGACGUCAUAUGACGGUGGAAGCUGGAUUAUACUCAACAGGAUCUCAGUUUGUGGCAAACGACUGUGACUUGGGAGGAAAAGAAAAUCCCGUAUGGAUGAUCACGGGUCCCAACAUGGGUGGAAAAAGUACAUUCAUUCGUCAAGUGGCUCUUAUUACUGUUCUUGCUCAAAUUGGAUGCUACGUCCCAGCAUCAUCAGCAACAAUAGGAAUUGUUGACAGGCUCUUUUGUAGAAUUGGAGCUGGGGAUGAUCUUUAUAGAGGAAGGAGUACGUUCAUGGUAGAGAUGUUAGAAACAGGCAACAUUCUGAAACACGCCACGAGUAGAUCAUUGGCUAUUUUGGAUGAAGUUGGAAGAGGAACUAGCGGUCGUGAUGGAUUGGCAGUUUCUUAUGCCACAAUUGCACAUUUACUUGACGUAAGCAAGUGCCGUUGUCUCUAUGCUACUCAUUUUGGCAUCGAGCUUGCCGAUUUGUUAGCGAAAAACAGCAAGGGUCAUAAUAUCAGCUUCUACCGCACUUCAAUUAGGUCUGAUUUUGAGGAACAAUUUGCUAAUGCGAAGAACGGUAUGGAUUUCUUGUUUGAUCACAAGUUGGAAAAAGGCAUUUCGCAGAACUCUCACGGUCUAAGGAUUGCGGCAUUGGCUGGCUUUCCGGCAUCCGCUCUGGCCGUUGCAAACUCAGUAUGGGAUGGUCUUGGUAAUCCUAAUAAUCAAUAA